CUGAUUUUUAACACCUUUUCGGUAUCUAGUGUUUGAAUUUGCUGAUACAUGGUCUUGAAUGUCCUUGAAAAGUCCUUGAAUUUGACUCUCUCUUAUAUGUACGACCCCUGGUUAAGGUAACAUCCAAAUAUUUUUCUAGCUGCAUUGCCAGUGGAAUGUAUUAUCCUUGAAGAUAGCAAUGAAGCAACAACGACCAACCCUUUAACAAACCAAAGUUUAACUACCACACCCAAUUAUCUGCAACCGAACCAUAUCAAUGAAAGUCAACCACUAGCAAAUAGUGAACAAAAUAAAGAACAAUGUGUAGAGACUGAGAAUUCUAGUUUGAUGGAAAUUGAAUGCUCGUCGGAAGAGGGCACCAAAAACGAGACGCAAGCUGAGCCACCGUUACCGUGUAUGGAUGGGUUACCAGAAACUAAUUCUGGUGUAGAAAACUCUAAUUGUGUAAAUGGUAGUCCACUGAAUAGUAUUAAGAAUGGUGAACCAAACGUUAGUAAGAAUGGUGAACCAAACGUUAGUAAGAAUGGCCAACCAUCGCCAGAACCUGCCAAGAAUGGCCUGCCCCCAAGUCAAUCACCUAAAGGGAGUGGUACACUAUUCAGGUUUUUUUCUCCUGUCACACCAGGUUCUAAGACUACUACUGUAGAACAUUCAAAAACACCAUCUAAAGAUGAUGGUAAAACACCAUCUAAGGAUGAUGGUAGAACACCAUCUAAAGAUGAUGGUAGAACACCAUCAAAAGAUAGUGGUGAUGUCGUGGGUAGUCCAUGUACGCCUAUUAACACUAAGACGUCACCAGGUGGCUCAGCAAAUGGAGAGACUCCCAACCCUGGGACUGUAUCAAGUAGUGGUAUGAAGGUAAGAAGUUCAACUCACCGUGCACGCUAAUGCAUUUUUAAUAUUUGCUCAAAGAUGGUUCACUCAAGGUCGAGUUUUUUUGCAUAUAUUUUUUAUAAAUGCUCGUGCAUGAGAAUGAUAUUCUAUGUCAAUACACCCUUUCAAUAAUUACGUCACAUAUACUUUUUGGUCUUGGAGCCUCGCUCUCAUUAGUAAAUUACGCAAGGUGAUUGGCUCACGAUUCAAAUAUAAAUGGUGUAUUACAGCAGCACAAAUUGCACAAACUUUUGUUAAAUAUUAUAUCAACAGGAUAUAUUUUAAAAUUGUUCCAAACCCUUUCCAAACUUCAUAUAAAAAUAUUUGGGUGAAUGAUUUUGAUGGCCCAGGUAUUUUGGCCUAGUGUAACACCUCCUUUAGGAAUGUCUAGUUGAAAUACCGUUACUAACCGUUGUAUUUUUCUAUUCUACAAAGAAAUGUCUUUCAUCAUUAUGGAGGCUCUAAAAUAUUUUACUUUUAGACAACGACGCCAAGACGUAAUACUCCUGGACGUAAACUGAGUGUUGAAGAGAAGUUGAAACGAGAAGAAGAGAGAGUGAGAAAACAGAAAGAAAAAGUAAUUGAAGUGAAAAUUUAUUAA